AUGGCCCUUAAGCGUAUCAACAAAGAGCUCACUGACCUCGGUCGUGACCCACCCUCCUCCUGCAGUGCUGGUCCCAUCGGCGACGACCUGUUUCACUGGCAAGCAACGAUCAUGGGCCCUAGCGACUCACCAUACUCGGGCGGUGUCUUCUUCCUCGCAAUUCAUUUCCCUACCGAUUACCCUUUCAAGCCCCCGAAGGUCAACUUCACCACCCGUAUCUACCACCCCAACAUCAACUCGAACGGAAGCAUCUGCUUGGACAUUCUGCGAGACCAGUGGAGCCCGGCGCUCACCAUUAGCAAGGUGCUGCUGAGUAUCUGCUCGAUGCUGACAGACCCCAACCCCGAUGAUCCGCUCGUCCCCGAGAUUGCACACGUCUACAAGACCGACCGUUCCAGGUAUGAGUCGACAGCCCGGGAGUGGACUCGCAAGUACGCCAUCUAG